AUGUCUGCUCCCGCCCACAAGUUCAAGGUCGCCGACAUCUCGCUGGCCGCUUUCGGUCGCCGAGAGAUCGAGCUCGCCGAGAAUGAGAUGCCCGGUCUCAUGGAGACUCGCGCCAAGUACGCUGAGGACCAGCCCUUGAAGGGUGCCCGCAUCGCUGGUUGCCUUCACAUGACCAUCCAGACCGCCGUCCUUAUCGAGACCCUCACAGCCCUCGGCGCCGAGGUCACCUGGUCGUCCUGCAACAUCUUCUCCACCCAGGACCACGCCGCUGCUGCCAUCGCUGGCGCCGGUGUCCCCGUCUUCGCCUGGAAGGGCGAGACCGAGGAGGAGUACGAGUGGUGCCUCGAGCAGCAGCUUGUUGCUUUCAAGGACGGCAAGUCCCUGAACUUGAUCCUCGACGACGGUGGUGACCUUACCGCUCUCGUCCACAAGAAGUACCCUGAGAUGCUCAAGGACUGCUACGGUGUCUCUGAGGAGACCACCACUGGUGUGCACCACCUGUACCGCAUGCUCAAGGGCAAGGGUCUCCUCAUCCCCGCCAUCAACGUCAACGACUCCGUCACCAAGUCCAAGUUCGACAACCUUUACGGCUGCCGUGAGUCUCUCGUCGAUGGUAUCAAGCGUGCCACCGAUGUCAUGAUUGCCGGUAAGGUCGCUGUCGUCGCCGGUUUCGGUGAUGUCGGUAAGGGUUGCGCCCAGGCUCUCCACUCCAUGGGUGCCCGCGUCAUCGUUACUGAGAUCGAUCCCAUCAACGCCCUCCAGGCUGCCGUCUCUGGCUUCCAGGUCACCACCAUGGAGAAGGCUGCUUCCCAGGGUCAGAUCUUUGUCACCACCACUGGCUGCCGUGACAUUCUUACUGGCGAGCACUUCGAGCAGAUGCCCAACGACGCCAUCGUCUGCAACAUCGGUCACUUCGAUAUCGAAAUCGAUGUUGCCUGGUUGAAGAAGAACGCCCAGUCGGUCACCAGCAUCAAGCCCCAGGUCGACCGCUACCUCAUGAAGAGCGGCCGCCACAUCAUCCUCCUCGCUGAGGGUCGUCUCGUCAACUUGGGAUGCGCCACUGGCCACUCCUCGUUCGUCAUGUCCUGCUCUUUCACCAACCAGGUCCUUGCCCAGAUCAUGCUGUACAAGGCCGCUGAUGAGGAGUUCGGCAACAAGUACAUCGAGUUCGGCAAGACCGGCAAGCUCGACGUCGGUGUCUACGUUCUCCCCAAGAUCCUCGACGAGCAGGUCGCCCUCCUCCACUUGGCCCACGUCAACGUUGAGCUCUCCAAGCUCACCGAGGUCCAGGCUGAGUACCUUGGUCUCCCCGUUGAGGGUCCCUUCAAGAGCGACAUCUACCGCUACUAG